UGCAAAUUAUUUCAAAUCAACAAUAUUCAUUCAUCAACCAAUACUUCUCGCUUGCACACAACUAGAUUCAAGUAAUCAUCAAAGGUUAUUUAAUUUGUUAUAUUAAUUUUUUUUUGUUAACACAAAAUUUGAUCAUAAGAUGGAUAGUACCUUAGGUGACAUGUUAUUGAAGGUGGUUAUGUUCUUCCUAGUCCAAGCUUUGGUGUACCUUAUCCUUUCCAAUUCAUCAAACAUAUUCUCCAAGAACUUGAAGAGAUCAAAUAGCUUCAAGCCGGCGCGAUCCGGAAGUAUUCGCCGAAUGCUGGCUUUUCUCUCCGAUUUUCCUCCGGAAGGAGAACCAUCUCCUUCUACAAAAAAUCCUCAAUCACAAGGCACUCAGAGUAAUUAGAAUCAACUUUGAAUUAUGACAAAGUCAUAGACUCUAGCUUUAUGUAAAAUAUUUAUCAUUUACAAUUCUAUGAUCAUUGUGAGUGUAGAGGUUAUAUUGUAAAAUUAGUUAAACAAUUCUAGUUAAAUUAUUUGUUUGGGGGUCUUUAAUUCUUUUAUUCAUUUGUAUUUUUUAAUCAUAUGAUGUAAUAUAUUCAUGAAUGAUGAAUGAAAUUUGAUUUUUCAUUUUU